AUGUCUUGGGGCCCAGGAUGCAUUCAUUGGUGGGAGCUGUGGGCCUUGGCCACCCUGACCCUCCUCUCUGCACAGGCCUUUCCACAAGCAGACAUCAGUGUCAGCCCAGCCAUGCCAGAGCUGCUCCAGGCUUCCCAGUGCCCACUGUUCUGGAUGGAGUUCAAAGGCCACUGCUAUCAAUUCUUCCCUCUCAAUAAGACCUGGGCCGAGGCUGUUUACUGUUCUGAGUUCUCCGUCGGCUGGAAGUCCGCCAAACUGGCCUCCAUCCCCUGCUGGGAGGAGAACAUCUUUGUGUGUGACCUUGUGAACAGCUGUGUUCCUGGGAUUCCAGCUGACACCUGGACAGGGCUUCACAACCACGGACAGGAAGGGCAGUUUGAAUGGACCAAUGGCUCCUCCUAUGACUAUAGCUACCGGGAUGGGAGCCAGCCGGAUGACGGCAUCCAUGCCGACCCAGGAGAGGAGGACUGCGCACAGAUAUGGUACCGGCCCGACAGUUCUCUGCUUCUUCUCACCACAGCUCUGAGGUCAUGGAACGAUAACACCUGCAGGCAAAAGUUCCCCUUCGUCGGUAAGAUUGGAUCUCUGACCAUUCACUGA